AUGGAAAAGUUAAUCCGCGAACGAAAAUCUAUCGAGCCACGUAUCAAACGUGUGGCCGAAGCAGUGAAAAAACUAGAGACAGAAGUGGCUGAAGAAACCGAAGUGCAAACGGAACUCGAAGUGCUGGGUGAUAUUUGGGCUGCAUUUUGUACAGUGCACAAAAGAGUGUUGAACGCAUGUGACGAUGAAGAUAAAUAUGCCGACGCUGCGCAAAAUCAGUGCAAUUUCGUACGCGUUUACAUUGGACUGAAAAAUCGCCUUGCGAAAGUGCUAAAAGCGGUGCAAAAUCGCGAUCGCAGUCAAGAAGAGCGAUCUCCGCCGCAAAGUGAAAUAAUUAACCAACUUGCCCAGCAACAAGCAGAGUUACUCAGCAUGAUGGCGGGUAGAAUGGCUGCUGGCGCUAGUGCACCCACUGCUGUUGCUGAUUAUGCCCACGAUCCCAUACCGCUGUCCGAUCUCAAGCUGCCCCGCAUGAACCUUCCUUCCUUCGCUGGGAACUAUCUCGAGUGGCAGUCUUUUUUCGAUUUAUUCAAGAGCAUGGUUGACUCGAACCCAUCGAUCAAGGAUAGUCAAAAAUUGUAUUUUCUCAAAACUCAUCUCUCUGGAGAGGCUGCAACGCUUAUCUCCCAUCUAAAAAUUGAAGAUGCAAAUUACGCUCCGGCUCUGGCAAAGCUUAAAGCUCGCUAUGAUAAACCGCUCGAGAUAGCUCACAAGCACAUUGAACGCUUUCUCAACCAACAAGCCUUGACGUCACCGUCUGCUCAAGGUUUACGUUCAUUGCAUGACAUCUCCGACGAGGUUGUUCGUGCUCUUCAAGCCAUGCAAAGAGAGGAUCGUGAUACUUGGCUGCUGUUCAUCCUCAUCGGAAAACUGGAUUCCGAAACCAAGUAG